AUGGCCGACCCCGACGUACCCGGCCCCACGACGGCCAUCCCGCACGGUGCAAAGCUCAUGGCGCUGACUCUCCUUGGCCUCAUUGCCGUGCUCGCUUGGACCCGCGUCAAGCCAUCCCGCAUGGCGACGCAGCGAGGCGCCGACCGAGCCACCGAGCCGCCUCCCGACGAAGACGAGGUGCAACGCAUGACGUACGCCUUUGCAAGUCUUUGCAUCAGCAAGACGUCACGCCGUGGCGGCGCGGCGCUGUCGGUGCAGCAUCCUCCUGUCCGCUCGCCUGUCGUCACUACCUUUGUCGACGUUGCCUCGUGGUACAUGGACCAGGCAUCGACCGCCGUCCAAUACAACGCGAUCACUGUCGUGCUUCACGUUGUGUACUUUGUGUGCACUGGCCAAGCAGCGAAGGCCAUUGCGCUCCUCAAUGAGCUAUGGCAUGCGGGCGGCCUCUUGCAUCUGCUCGGCGCGGUCGUCGUACCGUGGUAA